AGUUUGUGUUUAGCUCGAAGCCGUGACCUGUGCUGUGUGGGAAACGAUUGGCACGAUGGUACAGUGACAGCUGUGUGCUGUGUUUCCGUCAACACAGGUGGCUCGUUCCGCCUCACGAAAUGAUCGAAAUCUCCCCGAAGAGAUGUGCGUGACACGGUAGUGAAAAGUUCCACCCCCCCCUUCCGCACGGACGCAGGAACCCUCAAAAUUCUUCUGACCAUCUCGCCCGGCGCCGGCCGCAUGCCACGAUGAAGUUCAAUGGGACGGCCAAGCAGUACGCCCUGCUGCCCCAGAGCCAGAGCGAUGACGAGCUGGUGCGGCCCGACGACCGCCACAAUGCCAGGUCACCGCGCGCCCGGACGGCGUCUGGCCAGUCCGACGGGGCCCUCUCUCUACCGGACCUAGCAUCUGCCAACGGCGGACCGGACAUCCCGCGUGGAAACAGCAAGCACGUCGCACCUUGCACCGAUCACGAUGAGACGACGCUGGAUCCCCCCAUGUCGGUGCCGCGCCGGGUCUGUUUUGUGCUCAGCCUGUGCGCCAGCCUCCUCUUCGUGGUGGGCUUUGGCUGGCUCAUCCCGUGCCGCUACGGCAGCCUUCAGCCCCUCGACAGCGUGCCCAUAGUCGUGCAGGAGUGGAACCAGGUGUUCAGCGGACUCGUGCUCACCUCGAACCUGGAGACCACAUUCGAAGGAGACGGCGAAAAAGAGUCGACGGUGCACCUGGGCUUUCGCCGGUUUGGUGACGACGCAUCUUCUUCCGUGGGCGCCAUGGCAGUGAACGGGAUGACCGGUGGCGCCGUCUGGUCCACGGGGCUCUACACGAGUGUGGCACUACAGAAGUGCUUGGGAGACGUCUGCUUUGUGCUCGGCGAUGGUACCACAACGCUUCUUGCUGCCCUCAACAGGUCGGACGGCAGUGUCCUGUGGUAUGCGCACGACCACGACAACCGGACAACAUUGGAGUCCAUCUUGGACAUGCACGUGGCACCCGACUGUAACGACGACGGGUUGCCGGACCUCGCCGUCGCGAUCGAGUUCCAAUCCAACGAGGACGGAGCGUCGUCGACGACCGGGAGUCCCUCCCCGCUCUUCGCCGUGUCGGCCGUGUCUCGAGGGGACGGGCGUCUGCUGGGGAGCCCCCUGGUGCUGGACCACUGCACCUCGAAGCCGAGGCUGCUCACGGUGCUCGAGUACGGCACCAACGACAGCCGCCAGGUGGACGUCCUCCUCUACUGCCACACCCACGGGGGUGGAGGUUCAGUGAUGAAAACACAGCUGAGUGACCUUUGCAGCGGCGCGAACCGAUCAUCAGACGCUCACGCCCAUGUUAUCUGGAGCCACAUCAACCCGACUGCGUUGCGGACCGCCACAAUUCCGGACGAUGAGAAUCCGUCGCUGAUCCUGGCCUGGGGCAAGGGUCACCUUGAGCGGCUCACUGCUCCACACUACGACAUCCGCUGGAGCGUGGACCUCAUGCUCGACUCCCCAGUACGGAGCCUCAUGUCGGGACACUUCAAGGCAUACAGUUCGUACGAGCUCUUUGUUGUCUCGGAUCACCUGCACGCCACUUUGUUUCAGUUGGUCAGCGCGUCGGAGGGCAGGGUGCAGUGGCGUAUGCAGUAUGACGGCACGACGGCCCACGUGGCACAUCUGGUGCCGGCCAUCUCCAAGUAUGUGGACGGGGUCCUCAUCAAGGCCACCACCCCGCUCGAGUCCAGCAGGGCAGACCUCGACGCGUGGACGCACAAGUUUGAGGACCCGGCAUAUGCGGCGUACCUCGACCACUUCCACGGUGUGCACCACUACAACCCAAAGAAGCACAAGCUGUCGCUGAACACCCAGGAAGAGCAGUACUUCAUCGUGGACUUCACCAACAAGACGGUGAACAUCCUGUCGCGGCUGACGGUGCAGCAAGUCUGCCUCAAUGGAGUUUGCAGUCCCGACAUAUUUUCGAGAAGUGAAAAUGUUGCGAUGCAGGUGUUGCACCGGCGUCCCGGCAGCUACUACCUGGCCCUGGCAACGACGUCUGCCAACCGGCGCUCCAACGCCAGCGUCCCGUACGACACGGUGCUCAAGGUGGUGCUGCUUGGCCACCGCAAGGAGGGAAAACUCUGCUGCGGCGAGGGUGGCAACUGAUCGCUCGCGGCCAUCUCGGACUCGACCCCGCGUCGCUUGGUGCCCGGAGCGGGUCUCUGACGGCGCGUUUUCCGCGUCUCGACGGCGUCGUCUGUCGUCACUCCGGCACCGCUUCCGACGUGCGGGUGGGAUGGGAUGCCCAAAAACGCCUGUCGGAGAGGCGCAGCGGGCACCAUAGCGUUGCCUUCGGUCGCUGCCAGAGACGCGUAAAUAAGCGACAGACAAAACUCAACGACCAAAAUGAAACGAGGUGGUGGUGUUUUCCACAGAGGGAUUGUGGUUGAAACUAAUGCGGCGGGAAACGUCGUCCUGGAAUCUCGGUCCACGCUUUCUCAUCUCGCGAUUUAACAAAUUUGAGACGUCGGUAAAUGUACGGGCAGGGUCGCCACGCAAAGCGUCGUCGAGCACGAAAUGCGCAACUCUGGCAACUCGUUAAUUAAUCAAAAGUAAUCUUUUUUUUUCUUUUUUUUUGUAAAUUUUUUGUUUCAGGAGGGCAUACUUAAUAGAAGGAAACUUUCAAAUUAAACACUGAAUCAAUCAGUAUUUUAUGUGUCUGGCACGCAACAAUCUGAAUGUCUAGUACCGUUCUCGCUCGAAAGAUUGACGUCUGGUCCGGUUAUUGAAGGCGGUCGUUUGACACAAACAUGCACCCCGCCUGUCGAGAUUGGGUCGACGACGUCUGUCCGUGUGGUGGAACUCGGCGCUAUUUCUCUAAAAAUAUUUGUUUCCCGUCGAAACGUAGUACCCUUUCAGCACGUCGAGGCUUUGUACUCUGCACGUUUCGAGAAAACUAUUUCGAUACGAAAGCACUCUCGUUACUAAGGCUCGAGGAACGAUUAGUGCGCAUCCAUUUCGAAUGGUCAACUAAAUUCGACUCGUUUGCACUUCCAAACGAGACGUCCAUUUCUGGCUUUGACACCUGGAUUGUGGUGGGGUAUAGCAUGCAUGUGUAUAUAUAUAUAAAUUUCACAUAGUCAUUUUUAAGGGGCUGUGGUAGCAUCUAGUCAACGCUGAGAGGUCGGUGUUGCCGCCGUGUUAAGUUUACUAGUAUACCCAAUGUAUGGUUGAUGGUACCAGAUGGUGCUUGGGUUAUUCACAAAACCACCAUAGCCCGAGGAUUUAAUGUGUUCUAAUCUCGAGGUUCUGCGAGUAACAGGUAUUUCCAUAAGAACUUAGUGUGUCAUUAUACAUUUGUAAGAGAACUGGUCUGUUCCAGACCACAUUGUUUUGAAUGAUGAAAGAACUCUGAAAACAAGUGAAAUGGAAGUGUAAAGUAUAUAUUUACAGGUUGACAUAGAUGUACAUACUAUAAGUAAAGGUUUUUCAAUACAAGCUC